AUGUCAACUGAACCAACAGCACGUUGGGUGGUUCCUCUUCAGGAUGGCCGUACACACGUAGUAGAAUUCGAUCAUGGUACUGCCAGUGGACGACGAAUUGUGAAAAUCGAUGGAACAACACUGAUACAUAGAGAAUGGAUGUUUCGAUUAGUUGGCGAUGAAACCUUUAUGUUUGCUGGAAAUAAAUUUACCAUCAGAGUAGAUCCAAUUACGGGUUUACGAUACUCUUAUACAUUGUGGGUAAAUGGAAAAAGUUUCCAAAGUUUCAUUCAAUCUCAGUCAAAAAUUCUUGAAACUUGGAUUACCACAAUUGAUGACACUGAAUACCGAAUAGUUCUCGAUAAAGUUGGUCAAUUAAUACGUGUAAAUGGAGAGCCUGUUGAUGUUGAAAAUCAAUUCGUUGAUGGUGGAGCUGAAAUGCUUUUUACAGUUGGUGGAAAACAAGCAGUAAUACAAUCUUGUACAUCUGAGAAGAAAAGUGAUGGUAUUAAAUACAUGCUAUUCAUAGAUGGAACAGAAAUUACAGAAAAAGGUUUAUUGGCAGAUCCGUAAACAAUUGAAUUAAAAAUUUUAAACUCACUAAA